GGAACACUCUCUCCGAUUGGCCUGGAGGAGAAGGAAGAAGUGAAGAAAGUGGACGAUUACGACGAAGUUGACAAAUCAAAACAAUCUGCUGAAAAAUUAGGAACACGGAAGUUUCUGAGACAUACCAAAAGUAAUGUGGAAAAGAAAAACGAAAGUGACGAAGAAAAGGCUCCGACGAAGCCGGCGGAGCACGGCCACGGUCUGAUAUCGAUGGUAAAACGCACGCAAAGUGCGAUCAGAUCAAAAUCGGCAGUAGCGGCGCCGCCAAUUGAGAUGCUGAAUAUGAACGCCGAGAAGAUGGAUAUCCACGAUGCAAUGGAUAAGUAUAAAGCUUACGUGCACAGUGGGAAGGCAGAAGAAGCAAAGCGUCGUGCUGAGAGAAAAUCGCCACCGCCGCGGCAACGAAACGUUCUCUCGAAAGUUGCGCACAGCUUAAAGCCAUCAUCAGCACGAAAGCGCUGGCAGAAAGUGAAAGAGGAAACAAGUCGAUAUGAUCUCCGGUAUAUGGAGUUGCGAGACCAGGAUGAAAAAAUUCGGGUCAUGGAAGAACAGAUUGAAGGCGCUGGGAAGCUGUGGGUUGGAAAGGAUUAUGUAAAUUUCAUACACAAAGAUUUUGUGGAGCUCGACAUGCCUUUCCAUGAUUUCAUAGACAGAAAUCUCACUCCUCGGAUGCCCUGGCACGAUAUCCAUGCUUGCACAUAUGGUAGUGCUGCACGCGAUCUCGCUCGGCACUUCAUCCAGAGGUGGAAUGCCACUAAAACGGAGAAGUCCAAGGAAUUAAAAGAUUACCCAUUUUUAUUGCCGAAAUGCUACGACACAAUCAAAGUGCCUCGUGUGCUUGAAACAUACAGCGAUGUAGCUGAUGUGCAAGUGCUCCGAUCUGUGUCCAAAUGGUCUUCGCUUGUUAACUGGACAGAAGACAGCAUUCAACAGGCUUGUUCUAAUCGCUCUUACGAAAUUCCAUAUAUUACCAUUUAUAGCGUAAGAACAGGCCAUAGAAGCAAAUAG